CACAUUGUCAGCAGCAGACCUCAAGUGCCCUGAUAUGAUCCAAACCAUUGCUAGACAGUAUGGUGUCUAUUACACUGAUGAUGAGAAGUCCAAUUGGCUAAAGCGUAACCCUGUUACAAAACUACCAACACCUCAAAACACUGCCAGCAGCUCAAAGACGCACUGCAAUCACCAGAUCAUAAACAGUUUUCCAAGAAUUCUACGCAAUGAACAUUGCAUCUCUGGAAGAAAGCUUUAUUUGAUAGCAUGCUACCUGUAUUGCCAUAUUUCACUCCAUCACUUCAGCAACUACAACCCCCUUCCCACCGCUCGUUAUAAAGGAGAGUUUUAAAAACA